AUGUUGCAGUGUAUUGUGUGCGAGGAUUGGUUUCAUUUACAAAUAGACCACUGUGUAGAAGUAAGAUUAAUUGCCUGUAACAUUUUAACAUAUCGCGAUACGUUACAGCAUCUGACAGAUAAGGCAAACAGCGUAGAUGUCAGUGAAGUGGAAGAAGUGAUCUGCCGGAGUUGUGUGGCACAACUCAGUUUUCUGCUUUCAUACGCCGAUGAUACGUAUAAGGAAGAGGCCUGCGUGGAAGGAGCGUGCAAAUUGAAGUGUCUUGCACCGAAAUCCGACGAAAACGAGAAGCCACAACAGCAGCAAGCGCGCUCUCUGUUUUUCAGCUCAUAUGAAUGGCGAAAUCGCUUAUGCAAAUGCAAUAGUUGCUUGAGUUUGUAUGAAGAUAAUAAUGUGCCGUUUUUGACUGAUCUCGCUGACACUUUGCAAGCUUUUGUUGCAUCACACAGUAAUAACAAAACUGACAAGACAUCAUCGUCCAGUGAUGAAGAUCGCGCAGUGACAAAUGCACUGAUCGAAGCUGCUGGUCGUGACGGAGCUAUUUUAUUAUACCAAGGCUAUGAAGAAAUGAAGGGAAAAUUGAUGAAUCAUUUGAAGAGAGUAGCGGAAGAGGGGAGAGUGGUGAAAAAAGAAGACAUUGAGCAGUUCUUCGAGCAACUUGGCACUGAGCGAAAACGUCGUCGUGAAGAUUUCCAGUCGCAAAUGUGA